AUGCCUGUGGGUCUGCAGCUCUCAUCAUCGGGGUGGACUUCGAAGGGGGCUGGAGGAGGCAAGCAGUACACCGCAGAAGGCGUCCCUGAGUUGCGGAGCCUGGUGUCCACCCUAGAGGAGAUGGGAGAGAAGGGAGCCGCGGAGCACUACACGCAGCUGGUGCGAGGGUUGCAGGAGGCUUCUCGCCCAAUGCAGCCGAGCGCCGGAGCGGCCAAGCACGCGAUGCACCAGGCUAAGCAGAAGCAGCAGCUCGAGGCCGUGGUGCGUGCGGCAGACGAGCUGCAGGUGCGGCUCAAGAGUGCCAAGUCGGACGCGGUACUUGCCCUCCAGAAUUCUGAGACGUGCGAGGCCAAGUACCAUGUGGCGGUGCGGGCCCUCGCAGCGGACGUGCCUUCGUCGGGGCACAAAUCAGACGGCAUGGCUAGGCACGGCUUGGAUAUCGAACAGCUUCUUUCGGGGGGCAGCUUCGAGAUCAUUGGCAAUGACCGCUUCGGUCAGGAGCCGGCUGGCGUGGCGAACGCGGUGGCGCAGGCGGCGUACAACGCUGCUAGCGCAGCCCAGGCGCAGGCGGUGGAUGAUUCAGACGACGAUGCAGAGUUCCAGCGUGCAGCGGACAUGGUCCAUCAGAAGGCUUCAAGUGACUGCCAGUCUUCUCUUUAG